AGUAAAUUAAAAAAAGACAAAUGCAUCUAUGUUAUACAAUACAAAUGUUUAAAUUCUUAUACUGAAGUCAAUUAUAUUUUUAGUUUUAUCACCAAUUAAUAAGGAAUUGUGGGUAGGUCGUUUCGACGACAACUAUGUAAACUUCCUUUUUCACUCAAACGAAAAAAGAAAUAACCAUUUACUAUUUGCGGUGCAAAAAAAUAUCAUGCAAAAAUGGCAUUAGUUGUUAAAAACACCGAUGACUUAGAAGAUUUAGAUGAGGCAGAACUAGAAGAAUUAUAUUCAUGGGUAGAUAAAAUUCCACUUUCCCGUCCAAAAAGGAAUAUAGCCCGAGAUUUCUCUGAUGGAGGCAAGUAAUUUAAUAAAUAAUUGUAAUCAAAUUGUUAAGUCAAUAAAAAUAUAUAAUAAAGUAAGUUUAAAAUGAUAAAAUUCUCACUUUUUUAACUGACUUGCUCAAAGUCUCUCUCACAAUAUUCAUAGUAUAUUCAUGGUCAUAUUCAUAAUUAAAAUAAUUAUACAAUUUAUUCAUUUUAUUGUCAUAAAAUUAAAAAAAAAUGUGGAAUCAAAAUCAAACUCAUUCAAUUAUAAUUAUUUAUAAAAAACAACUCAGUCUCAAUAUAAAAAUCCAAAGCAGUUGUUAAAUUAUGUUAAAAUAAAUUGUUCUUUGCAGGCUUAGACUUAUUUUAUACUUAAACUAUAGGGAUUAGUAACCUAAUAUAAUAUAUAAAUAUAAGGCCAUUAGUAUUAGGCUUUACCAACUUGGUGUUGUUUGAUUUUCUAAACCAAGGACUUUUAUUUUUAACAUAAAUUAACACAAUUAUUUACAUAUGACAUAUGAGCUACACCUUGUUUUUUGUAAUAUUAUUUUUAUAAUAUAGUAUAUAGUCUGAGCCUUGUCCUACUUAAUUGUGUUGUGGCACUCCUUCCUUGUCUGCCCCUUUCUUGGAUGAGAAAAGGUUGUUUACAUUUGAAUGUGUUCUAUUGAUUAUAAAAAAUGCAAUUAGGUUACACAAUUUCUAGAAUUUUUGUACUAGAAGGCUCAGAGGCUAAAUAUAGGCUGCAUGCUUUUAUAGCAGCAAUACUUAGAUACAUAGAGCGAGACAGAUAGAGGAAGGAGAAAUUUUUUCUAAAUGAGAUAUUGCAUUGUUGUGCAUAUAAAAUUAAUAUUUGUAUUUUGAGCCUGGUACCUUUUUCACUUGCUGUAAGUUGAUACAGAUUUUUGCUUCUACACUCAAAUUUGUAAGUGUAAGUGUAUAGACAUAUAUUUGUAUAAUUAAAUUAAAUAUUGUUAGUAUCACUAACUUUAGUAUCAUAUUCUUUGCAUACCAUUUUUCACGGUCCUUUGCUAUGUAUUCUUUAUUAUACAAGCCAAAAUUUUAAAACAGAUUAAAUCUUCAAAAGCAUAAUAGUACGUAACAAUUAUUAUUAUAUUUAUUACUAACACAGUCUGAUACUUAACUGUUAACAACCACCCAGUGUUUCAAGUGAUACUGAUUGAUAGUGAAAUCCUUUUUCCCUUUGGUUCUCUUUAUAUUUAUCCAAACAUUUGAUCUUGGGUUGAUGGUGUAUAUGGAAAAAAGGGAAGUGAGACCAUUGAUUUAGUAACUUGGUAAGAAGGAAGCUGCUAGGACUCAUCAGGAGAUAGAGGUGCGAUGAGGGAUGAGGGAUGGGGUAGGGGCAAGAGUAUGGAUGUUUUCAUGGAAUGGUGGGGCUUGAGAAGAUGGAAGGAGGGUUAGGUAUGUGCAGAAGAGAUGGUUGGGACAGGGAUUAUUAUAAUGGAUAGUGCUGUGGACAAUAUUUAUUAGUUAAUAAUAAUUAUUGGUAAAGACUGUUAGUGUUGACCCUAUUCAAAAUAAAGCAAAAUAAAGCUAUUGCUUCCCACGAAGUGUGGACAACUUUGGUAUGUGCACCACACUGUAUUUGUAUACAGUCAUAGAAAUAUUUAGAUACUCUGUUUGAAUGCAAUCCAAUUAUUUCUGAAUUAUAUAUAUUGUGUGCUUUGUACUUUGUAUGUUAACCCUCUUAGGAUGGAGCCUUUUCGGGGUGUAUGUGCCAAAAAGACGGAGCAUUUUUUACGAGCUCGGCACUCGCAUUGCAAAAAUUUAUAAAAAAUAAACUGUUUCCUUAAUAUAUGUAAAACUAUAUAUAUUCUUGUAGGAAAUUGAAUGAACUAAUACAAUCCUUAUGAAUCAAACUGAAAUAUCAACAUUUAUGCAAAUGAGCUACCCUGAUUUGCAUAAUUUUUUAGUGUAAUUUUUGGUUAAUCCUAGAAUAAACAUGACUUACUUGAAUCAAUGGUGUGAAUUUUUUGAUGGAUUAAGCCUAAAUGAGUCCUAAAACUUAUAUUUUUGGGAAACAAGGUCCAUGGGGGCCCUUCAGAUACAUCUGGCACAUAAUUAUACUCCUUUUCCAUCCCCCACCCUAUUUUUCAGUUGUUACAGGCACACUGUAACAGGCCCCCUUUUAUGAGCUAGGGACCUUCUCUUAAGCUGGAUGUUAUUGAGAAAGUUGUCUGCAUAUCUAUUGGUCUCUCUCAUAAACAUUUGAAUGAAAUUUGUUGGAAAAAAGAGCAUAAAUACUCAAAUGGUGUGCUUAUACCUUAUUAAUAGGACCUAUGUUGUCUAAAAAUACAGAGGGUUCAUCCCUGUCCAGUUGAGGACCCCUAAUACUAGUAAUACUAAACCAAAAUUUCACAACAUUAGCAUUGCCCUCAAUUUGAAAGUCUUCAUUAAUUUCCUGGUUGUUUUCAUCAGUUUCAGUGUCAAAUUCACUACUAUAACAUCAAAAUUUCUAAGCACAGUUUGAUCAGAGUCACUUUCAGGCAUGUUCAAAUUUCACGAUUUAACUACACACACACACACAAAUUCCUGCACACAAAUAAGUUGAAUUCACCAUCAACCAACGCCGCCAUUACAAUGCCGGGAUGUGCAGGAAUACGUAAGAAUAAUUCGUACAACGCCAAGCCAGCCAAUAGUGAGGCUUGAUUUAUCGGGCCGACGGCUCAGACUUACGUCUUUCUCGCUAGUCAACCUUGGGCCGAUAGAUCGGCCCUUACGUCCCAAGAGGGUUAAGUAGCAUAUAUUAUAUUAAAUAUGAAUUCAAUUUAUCAUGUCUCCAUAAGCAGUCAAAAAUUUUACAAUUAUUGUUUACUGUAUAUGGGAACAAAAAUAUAUUGAGGAUAAAUUAUUUGAUUUGUGAUUUUUUUCUAGAAGUUAUGAAUAAAUAAGUAUGCUUUACCAAGAAUAAUUAAUUCAAAGUUUUAUUUAGCAAUACAGUCACUCAGUCUUUAGGUGCCUACUGGUUCUUGAGGUGAUGGAAAGAAACCAAUACUGUCCAUUUUAAGCUGCUUCCAUAUGAACUGUCUUCAGGGUCAAGUUUCUACUCCCUAGAUUAUUUACUAUGAUUUGCACCAAAUUUCUAGGUGCCUUAUGUGUUUCUAUUUUCCCUGGGCUGUCCAUUUACUGCAGUCUUGAGAAGUCAGCUUGAUGUUAUUCUAUAAACAUUACCAAACCACCCCUAGCAUUUGGUACAUAAAAACUUUAAAAUAUUACCUGUGAUAAUUUAAUUGAUAUGAUUUUAAUUUUAAUCAGUUAUUUUUUUUUUAAAUUUUUAACUAAUUGUUUGAUCAAAUCAUUUAAUUUUAAAAUAAUUUUUAAAAAAAGCAAAUUUUGAAGGGUCAAAUAUUUCUGAAAGUUAAAUUCAAAAACUUUUGAGUAGUUCACUUUUUAAAGAAAAAUUAUAAUUCUUUUAAUUUUAAUAUUAAUGACAUAAUGAAUAAUGGGUAAAAUAAAUAAAAGGUGUCAUAUUUAAAGAGUCCGGUCAUAACUGCUAAUAGUUAAAUACCCCACCAUAUAUAUGAAUUUUAAUUCAAUUAUAUUACAAGCAUAGACCAUCUUUUGAAAUUUCCACUUACGGUUUACCAAUCUAUGGUGAUGCUAUCAUAACUUCUGUUUUCAUUAGAACAAUAAAACCCUAAAAUGUUGUACACCUAGCCUCAGAAUGUUAUAUAGUAUAGAUUAACUUUUGCUUUCAUGUAAUAGAAUGUUACUCUUAAUAUUUUCCAUAUGUCAAAUUAUAUGAAUAAACCAUUUUUGAUAUUAUCCUUUUUAUAAUUGUUACAUGAACCAAAGAUCUAUUUAUCAUAAAAGUCAGUUGUCAACUGCAUUUUUUAAAUAAGUCUUCAAAUUAUCUUUGUUUUUCACUUGACUUGAUAGUUCAGAUCAUUUUAUUGAUAUUAUAUCCAAUUAUAUAUUUGUUGUAUUGCCAAAAUAAUGAAGUUUUGUGAUUACUAGGGCUUAUUGUUUAAAACAUAACAUUAUUAAAACUCACAGCAUUAAAAAUAUAAUAAUUAAUGUAAGCCUCUUUAAAAGCUGGUUGAAAUUAUGGACAUUGUUUGUCAAUUUUCCAGUGUUGAUUGCUGAGUUGAUUAAACAUUUUCUACCACACAUUGUUUCAUUACAUAACUUCAUCCCUGCCAAUGCAAUGAAAAUGAAAAUAAUAAAUUGGAGUCAGCUUAACAGGUACCAGUACAUAAGACAGCUCUGUCAUAAGCAUUCAAAGCUUUCAAUCACUAUUCCUAUCAAUUUAACAGAAUACAAUCUUUUUAUUAUUUUAAAAAAAAAUAUUUCAAUAACCUUGAAACUACAUUUAAAUGAAAUAAUUGUAGUGAUGUGCUUGAAAUUAAAUUAGCAGUAGGCAACAAAAUGCUCAUCAAUUCAAAUUUUAUUUCAAUUAUUUGAACUCGGGUAGUUCUUUACUAUAAGUAGGCCUACUAGCACAUAUAAAACAUUUUUAUUAGCUUGAAAUCCACUUAUAUUUUGUUUAUACAUUAUUAAAAAAUAUUAAUAGUCAUAUUUACAAAAAAUAAAAUUUCAUUGCCCAUGAAGCGUUAUUUGGUGCACUUAAGGAUUGGAAAACAUUCAUUCAGAUCAUCAACCAAUUAUUAAAUAUUUAAAGGUAACAAUAAAUAUUUGAUUUUAUCUUAAAAAUUUCUUUAAAAAAAUAAUUCAUCACUUAUGUUAUAAUUUAUGAAUCUAAACAUUAAAAUAAAUAUAUUUAAACAGUAUAUUAAGAGAGCAAAACUAAACUUAUAAUUGAUAUUAACUUUACUACUGAUUAUAUUUUACAUACAGCUUAACUUUCAUACACAAUUUAAAAUGCUAUCUUAGAAACAUUAUUCUAGAUCUUUCCAUUUGUACCUAUAGAUUCUUAGUCUAAAUGAAAUGCAUGUCAAUAUCAAUCAAAAUUUCUUUUUUUAGUUACUAGUUUUCUUGUAACUUCUUUCUAGUUCAUUGAGGCAAAUCAUUUCAACUAUACAUUUAAAAUUUCCUGCACCUAACUAUCAGUGCAUGAGUCAGAAAGAUAAGAUAAACUCCAUUUAGCCUAACAUCUACAUAUUCCUUCAAAAGCCUUCCAUAAAAGCCCGAGCUACUGUUCUUAUAGUCAAUAUACAAAUAUAUUUAAAAAGUCACCAAAAAUUUUUAUCAGUGAAGAUUUUUAACAACUGCAUUGACACUAUUUCAGUUCUUGUGGCGGAGGUUGUAAAACAUUUUUUGCCCAAACUGGUUGAACUUCAUAACUACACACCAGGCAACUCUACACCACAGAAAAUGCAAAACUGGUUUUUAAUGAACAGGUGAUCAAUGAUUGUGAUAUACUGUGUUCUGACAUCAUUCUUAGAUAGCUUUCAAUUCAAAGUGGGAAGAAAAGUAAAGCGUUAAGCAUUGCUUUUUAAUAGAGAAAAUAAAUGCUCAUGCAUUUAAGAGAUCAGUUAACUGUAACAUUUUGCUUGGAUCUUCUAACAAAACUCUUUAAUUCAUCUUUACAUCAGGCUUUAAAUUGAUAGAUGUAGGCCUAAUCAUUUUCAGAAUGGUGUUAUAGUUUUUAUUCUUUUAAAAAAUAUAUAAAAAAAUAGCAUUAUAUGACUUGCUUGACUGUUCUUUAUUAUAUAUAUAUAUUUAUAUAUAUAUACAUACAUAAAGGCUUAUUCCUAUGCUAAACUUGAAUCAUCUUAAACUAUUGACAAGAAUAGAUUCCCAAUGAGUUAUAUUUAUGAUAGCUUAAAAUCAUUUUCUUUUUUUUUUAAUUUAAAAAAUUAUAUAUGUUGUUUUCUGCUUUCUUCCCUUACAUAUUAUGAAUCUCUAGAGCUUUAUUUUUAUCCCUUCUUUAAACUAACUCAUGAGUGUUAUACCAAUUAUAUAGUAGUCUAAUUUUGAAAUAAGCAAUACUUGCUUAAGAAGAGAAAAUGAAAAUAUAGGCAAAUGAUUAUCUGUUGUGAUUUUAAGUUAUAAAUAUAACAACAUAAAUCGCAUGUAGCCUAUUAUAAAAGUAAAAAUAUAAGAUUACUAAAAAGUUUGGAUUCAACAAUUAACCCGAAGGAGCUAUUAACUUGACAUGUUAAAAGUAAAAGUAAAAGACCAUUAUAUAAAGCAUUAAAUUUGACUAUCUAUUGUAGGCUCUAAGUUGUAAUUAAUAAAUUUAAAAAAGAACAGCUAUUUUAAGUGAUUUGGAUUUUUUUUUAAAAGAGCUAUUAUGUGUAAAAGAUUUCAUAAAAUUUAUGUAUAAAUGUAUAAGUUAUAGACUUUUCUAUGGAUCAAAUAAAUAUAUUUAAAAAAUUAAUAAAAUAAAAUGUUUCUUUUGUAAGAAACACCAUAAAUGAAAUAAAAUUUAGUAAUAUUUAUAUUUGAGUUAGAAUUAAAUUUGUUUUCACAAUUUCCUUACAGUUUUUAUGUAUAUUUCACAACUUAUUUUAACAUAUUUAUUGAUCUGCAUUAAACAGAAAAGUCUUCAACAAGUUAAACUUUCAACUUACUGAGGAUCUGAUCAGAGAACUGUGUAUAGGAAAGCAGGGACUUGUUGAAAGAUUUCUAAUGCACCUGCGAGCGAAGAUAGAGAGGGCUAAUUGGGAUAUGCACAAAGAAGCAGGAGACCGCAUUGAAGUAGGCAACCAUCAAACAAGAGCUACUCAUCGUUUGACUAAUCCCAAGGGUAGUAAAUCAAAACACAUCAGUGAUAAGCCAGAAGCUGACCAAAAUAUAGGUAAUUUUCUGGCUAUAUACUGUAUCAAAGGAUAAUAAUUGAAUAAUCUCUUUUUCAUAAUAAAAAUCAAAUAGAAAAAUUUUAGGUUAACAAAAUGUAAGUAAAUAGUUGUUUUUUUCAGUUUUAAUAUGCUAAAAAAGAAAUUGAAAUGAAUACUCUAAUAUAAUAAUUAUUUAGUAUCAGUAAACCCAAUUAAUUUUACCCCCAACAACUGAGAUCUAAUAGUAUAUAAAUUAAUAUUUUCAAAUUAGCAUUAACUCGGUGUGAAGAAACAUAGAAAUUUUCUGCUGUUUAAGAUGCCAAUAUGUAGGAUGGAUUUGUGUUACUCUAUCCAUCCUUUGAUUCAGGUAUGCCAAUUAUAGCCUCAUACGCCAAUGAAAGACAUGACUAUAGAUCUGAAGGUAUGCUGUAUUAACAAGAUUUGGCAUCCGAUGAGAUAACAAGUUGUUGUGACUAAUGAUGAAUAACAGUUAAACUAAAACAUCCCCAGUAUCUAAAUUGUUUUGGAAGGUCUAAUUUGUAUAAAGGGCAUGCACAUUUAUUCUCCUGUCAUGCACAUAGUAUAACACAGUAUAACAAAGAAUAUAAAUUAUUGGAUAAAUAAUUUUAAAAACCCUCUCAUCUAUUGGAUAACAAAAUGGUAUUGGCAUUUAUUGUAUAGCUUAUUUUAGUUUGACAACAAUUGUGCCAAUUUAACUAUAAUAUAUGAUACCUUGAAAGUUUUUAAACAUCCAGCUAAAAACUUUAUAUAGCAACAAAAAGAAAAAAAAAACAUGACAUGAUCUGACUAUAAAUUAAAUAUAGUUAAUAUCAAGAAUACAAAAAAAAGUAUAUUUUUUACCCAUAUUUGGAAAUAAUUUUGAUAAAAAUGACAUUAACUUCCAGUACUUCAUCAAAUCAUCUUAAAUUUAAACAAAAUUUUAGUCUCACCAGGUAGACAGAAACCAGGGGCAGCUCCUGUGCACAAAGGGUAAGCAUUAAGCCUUAUUAAACAUACUAGAUUAAAAGAUAUUGAAAAACAGUGUAUUGUAAAUCCCCUUAAGCCAAUGUACUCUCAUUAUAUUCCUUCCACAUAUAUCUCUCAAGCUCAAACCAACCCCUGAAUCCACACCUGGUAAAACCCUAGCAUCUAUCACUUCCCCUCAACUCUAUGCUGUCCAAAACAUCUCACCACCAACUUCACUUAGACACUAUCCUCCUUCCACCUAUCCCCAAUUCUUUCCACUUUACCUACCUGCACUGGCCCUAAAUAAAAAAAAAUAAUUUUAAAAUGAUAUGUCCAAAAUAAAAUAAAAAAGAUAGAAAAGGUAAUGAAAACAGGCUAAAGGGUGUUUACAACUUAAAAAAUAAUGAUGGUAACAUAUUCCUUUAGAAAAUUAUUCUUCUUACUACAAAGAAUUAGAAUAUUGAAGAAUACAUUAAAGAAAUAAGAAUUAAAAUGUUUGUCUUUAGUGAUCAUCUAAAAAUUGAAAUGUAAUAGUGGUGACUUUAGGGAGAUACUGAACAAUUAUUAUAAAGAUUAUAUAAAUACAAGAUUUAUUAUAGUUUUGAAAUAAUUUGCAGAGAAUAAACAGUUUUAGUAUUUAAUCAAUAUCUUCACACCUGACUUUAUAUCAAUGGAAUUUUAAAAUGAAAGCAAAAUGAAAGUGUUUAAAAGAUAUGAAGAAAAUGGCAUGUUCCUAAUUUUGACAAUAAAAAAUCACCCAUUUAGAAAUCACAAGUCUUUUAAAGUGUUAAUUUAGAAUUGAAUUGGAAGAUUAGUAUUAAUAUUCAGAAAUCCAUCUUAUAUUUCUUGAGUACCAUUAGCGUAACAUAUUUAAAGUUAAUGGGAGGGAAUCACCUAUCUGGCAGCUAUGUUCACCAUUUUUUGUUGAUUAUCUCCCCACUAGAUAAUAAUCAUAUCAUCUACUAAAUAUUAUUUAUUUAUUAAAUAGAAAUCCAAAAUUAAAGUCCUCUGAUGACAUGGUCCCAAGAGCUGUCUAUGAAGAGAAAGAACAAGAAUGCUUAGCUAAAGAAGAAACGAUCCAGGUAACAUAAUCUUAAUCUUGUUCUGCAGUGUGCAAACUUUUUUUUUCUAUUUCACUAAAAUUUGAUGAUAAAAUUCUCCAAAAAUCAUGUUGCCAUUUUUAUUUUUAAAACUAAUAAUAAUAAGCAGCAAAUAAUAAUUAUAAGAAAGGAGAUUAGAUAUAUUAUUUUAUAGUUGCCUUCUUACCUCAAAACUCGCAAAGUUCGUGGGAAAUAUGUCUCAUCAUUUAUUCUCAUCAUCAAAAUCUUGCAGCACAUCUGUGAACUUUUCAAAACACACUGAUGCGUCACCAAACAUGAGUGUGUCACCAUUCAAAAUCUCCUUAUCUAAUUUAUUUAAGCAUUCUUUAUUUGUGAUGUCAAUCUUUUAUAGUAAAAAAAAUAAAUCAAAGUGACAUGAUCAAUGACUGGAUGUUAAGGGCAACAGCAAUACAAAUUUAUUUGUCUUCCAAGAAAAGCAUAGUGUCUUUGAAUACAAAUAAAUAUAUAUACAAAUGAAAAUGACUAGUACCACAAACCUACUACUUUUUAAACUAUUACCUCCACACAAUGGCUGUAAAGAAAAGAAGAAAAAACCACAGAAAAAGAAACCCAAUGACUUCAACCUCACAAUGAUUGUAUUAUUAUUUGAUAGAUUCUUCAAGCAAAAGUUAGGAGACUUGAACACCUUCUUCACUUGAAAGAUGUGCGUAUAGAAGAACUUCAGAGCAGACUAGAGUCCACAAGACCCACAGGAAAAGUAAAGCGAUAACAAAAGCAAGUGAGUUCAAUGAAUGAAACACUUUGUUUCAGGCCUACAAAAUGGUGCCUAGGUUGAACACUGGACUUAUUAAGGGCACACACUUUUAAAAAUUAUUUUACAUUCUCAUAGGCUCAGACGAAUUUAGAAGGAAAAAAAAAUUAAACAACCUUCUAUGCAAUGGUUUUGUUGCUGAUUUCUAUUGAUAAAAUCAAUGAUAUUUUGAAAUAAUUAUUGCCUUGAAAAAAAAUCACAAUUAUCAACAUGUUGUGCUACAAUUUUCUUUGGCUAACAUUAUUAUGUUAAGCUAAUGAUAAAACAACUAGGACUCACUGAGUUUUACCAUGCAACUUAAUUUUACAAAUGUUAUUGAAAGAAGAGAAAAUAUGCAAAGUGGAGAAAUGUUGUUUUAUGUUUUUCUUCAAUGUGUUCCUCUCCUGAUAACCACAUCAUACUGAAUUACUGUACCUUUUUAACUUUAUUUUACCGCAGUAAAUUAUUUCUGUUAUAAAAAAAAAACUGUAAUGAAAUAAGUGUGCAUGACAUAAUAAUUAUAUUUGACUGUCUUCCAAUGCUAACAAAAGUAGGCACUUCAAAUUAAAUUUUGGUGGGGCUAAUAGAUUAAAAAAAAUAAUACAUCUAAAAUUGUUAAAUUUAUUUACUUACAAGAAAAUGGAAGACAGCAAACAUGAUCCAUGGAUGAAACAUCAAAGAUAUUAGGAGAUCAGCCCUGAAACUGAGUGUAGAAAAACACAGCAGAUGUACUUCAAAAUAAAGACCCGGUCAUUAAUCUCUACCCUCUGUAACCAAUGACUGCUUUCAAUGAACUAAGCAUUGUAAUCCAUAGACAAUAGGCAUCAUGAGAAGAUAAUAAAAUUGUUUGUAGGAAAAUCUCAUUUUGCAUAAUGUUCCAUUUGUUACAAAUUCUAUUAAAUUUAUGAUGAACAAAAUACAGUCUGUUACUUGUGUUGUAGGGAUCAGGAAUUUUAAAAUGGUGCCUUAAGUUUUUUUUUCUUGGUAAAGAUUAUACUGUGGGGUUCAUAAUUUCAUAGCUCAAACUAUCUAAUUUAAUUUUGAAAACUUUAUUGCCUACUGCAUUUUAAACAAGUAUAGUUUUGUAUAUUUUGUGUGGAUAUUUUCUCACCGGCUUUAUUGCAUUAUUUAAUAAAAAUGAUCCUUUUAAAUUAUAAGUAAAGAAAUUAAGACUUUUUCUCUCAAAGAAGAUGAAUCUCUCAUAGGUACUACAUGUCCUUAACAUUGCUUUUUUAGCCUUACACCGUAUUUAUUAUCUAGUGCAGUCAUAUUACGCGUGACAGAAUAUUAUUUCAAAAAGAAGUCCCGCUUAAAAACAUUCUAUUUGGAAUUAUAACCAUGUUCUGGACAUCAGGUCUGCAGUUAAUUAAAUUCAGUCUCAAAAUACAAAUGUAUUACUUGAAAUCAUGCAGUAAAUUGUUUAUCAAACGGCUGAAUUAACAGACUUAAACAGUUGAGGCUCAAAAUUAUAGGAUAAAGUUAACAGUGAGUCAAUAAAUUGUAGAAACAAGUUAGUGAAUAAAUUGUAGGAAAAUAAUUUCAAAACACAUUAUUUUGAAUAUUAUUUUACACCCUAAGACUUGACAUUGAACACAAAUUUUGUUUAUAUGAUAUAUGGCGAUAGUGCGAACUGUUUUAAGUCGUUAUUUUUAUGUCAUUUAUUACUUUUUUAAUGAGUCACUUGAUGUUGUAGUUGACAAUAAAUAAAAAUAAAAUUAUUUUUUAAAA